CAACGAUAAAAAGUCCAGGACAGUACAGCCCAACAUAAGGUCGAGACCUGGAGUCAAAACGGUGAAAAAGCAGUAGCUCAGCAUCUAACAUUGUAUUGCAUUUGCAUCCAUUUUAGCCGCCGAUCGCUGCUUGCUUCUCCAGACAAUUAGGAAAGAAUCCCUUUUUGGACAUCAACUGAAUUCUUUCCAGGAUCAAUGGCGGACGAGGAACCUGUUGACCAAAAGAAGUACCUUGAGGAAUCUUGCAAACCCAAAUGUGUGAAGCCUCUCCUUGAAUAUGAGGCAUGUGUUAAGAGGAUUAGAGGUGAUGAAACUGGGCACAAGCACUGCACAGGACAGUACUUCGACUACUGGUCUUGUGUUGAUAAAUGUGUUGCGCCAAAGCUUUUCUCAAAACUGAAGUAAUUUUCUGGCUGUCUCACGGCAGCUUUCAUUCUAUUUUGUACUCUUUUGCAACAUCAGCUGAAUUUUGUCAAAUGUUUAGAUGGGUUGCUUGAAGAUGCCCUUUGGUGAAACUUCUUCACCUGAAAUAAAGGAAGAUUCUUUUCAGUUUA